AUGGAUGAGUUUAAGGAUCGAAUGUCAUCACUUAUAUUUAAUUUAACGGACACAACUAGACAUCACCAUACGAUCAAUAGCAUUAAUUACAAUUAUUCAACAAUUACUGAGGUGACAACAUCACCUGCGUUGUCAUCAUUAGCAUCACCAUCAUCAAUAUCAUUGUCCUCAUCGACAUCACAAAUUGCAAGUAUAAUCUUAGCGAAUUUAACGUCAGUAGCAGCAGCAGCAGUCAUCACAACAUCGCCAGCUUCAUCAACAAGUCGUUUUAGAAUUUUAAACAGCACAAUUGCACCGUAUCCGUCACUUGCUGAAAUUACAUCAUCGUCAUUCGCAUCGUCAACGUCAUUUAGCACCACAACGACGGUGUUAAAUGACAUUAAUGGCGAUGAGAAUGACGACGAUGGUACAGCAAACCAAAUUACUGUCCAAACAAUUCUAAUCAGUAUUAUAUUAUUAGCUGUAAUAUUAGGUACUAUAAUUGGUAAUAUAUUAGUAUGCGUAGCUGUGUGUUUAGUACGUAAGUUGAGAAGACCAUGUAAUUAUUUAUUAGUGUCAUUAGCUGUAUCAGAUUUAUGUGUAGCAGUGCUAGUUAUGCCGACGGCACUCAUGUAUGAGGUGCUUCACGAGUGGCGUUUCGGUACAUUUUUCUGUGAUGUUUGGGUUAGCUUCGAUGUGCUCUCAUGCACAGCGUCAAUUCUUAAUUUAUGUGCAAUAUCCGUUGAUCGAUAUUGGGCAAUAACAAAGCCAUUGGAAUAUGGCGUUAAACGAACGCCACGUCGAAUGAUGUUAUGUGUUUUCCUUGUGUGGCUUGGUGCUGCCUGCAUUUCACUUCCACCGCUUCUCAUUCUCGGUAAUGAGCAUCAAAUUGACGGACGACCCGAGUGUGUCGUUUGUCAAAGUUUCGGUUAUCAAAUUUAUGCCACCUUCGGUUCCUUUUACAUCCCAUUAGCUGUCAUGUUAUUCGUUUAUUAUCAAAUAUUUCGUGCCGCACGACGGAUAGUUAUGGAUGAGAAGCGUGCACAAACCCGUCUCGAGGGUGCAUUAAAUGGCGUACCGCAACAAACAACCACAACAACCACACAAGAGAAACCGAUAAAUGCAAUUGGAUCGCCCCACCAAAAGAAAUUAAGAUUUCAAUUAGCCAAAGAGCGUAAAGCGUCAACCACAUUAGGCAUAAUUAUGUCAGCAUUUACCGUAUGUUGGCUUCCAUUUUUCAUAUUAGCAUUGGUUAAACCAAUCACUGGUGAAGAGUAUCAUACACUAUCAUCAGUAUUCCUAUGGUUAGGUUAUGCAAAUAGUCUCUUAAAUCCAAUUAUUUAUGCAACACUCAAUCGUGAUUUUCGUAAGCCAUUUCAAGAGAUUUUAUAUUUCCGUUGUUCAAGUCUUAACAUAAUGAUGCGUGAAGAUUUCUAUCAUAGUCAAUACGGUGAUCCACAUUCUCAGCGUGUUGUUGUCAAUACAGAAAUCACACAGCACAAUUCUAAUCAGGGCGCGCGCGAAAGCUUUCUUUGA